GCAAUGAAAUGUUCAAUUCAUGAGGUUUUCACGCAUAUUAUAGAGGAAGGCGCGGCUCUCAUUCAAUACUUUGAUAUCUAUUGAUUCUGUGAAUAAUGGAAAGAACCCUUCUGUUGGAAGUGCGAUAACAAAACAUCUGACGAUUUUUGCCAAGGGACCGAAAGAUUACAAAGCUGCGGUAUCACUUUGAGAUUUAUCAUUACACAAUCGCAAAGUCGGAGGUUGAGUAAGAAGCAGGAUGAGAGAGAAUAGAUAGUAAUACGGGCCAGUAUACUCAGUCGCAUGCGUGACUUCGAUUUAUAACAACAGAGUAAAUCCUCGACAUUUUCCAACCUCGGGAAAAAUACACACGGAUGCGCUGCCGACGAAGUUGAGAAGACAAUUAGAACGAUGAACCCCCACUCCCCAUCUGCGAACUCAAGUAGUUACCCAAACAAACGAGCAAGACAUAGUUCCCCAGAGCCUUCUAAUGCAUCUGCUACGGUAGCAAAGAGUGAUAGUCCGAGAAUCACAUCAGAUGAAACUGUGCCUGCGGAACCAAUACUAGUAAAGGCUGAGGGAAUUGGGGGUGCUAAGGCGGGACAAAGCAGCAGUUUUCGCAAUGUGAGCGCUUGCAAUAGAUGCCGAUUGAGAAAGAAUAGAUGCGAUCAGAAUUUGCCCAGUUGUGCAAGUUGUGAGAAGGCGGGGCAUAAAUGUGUGGGCUAUGAUCCGAUUACCAAGAGAGAGAUUCCUAGGAGGUGAAUUUCUUUACGUUCCUUUUGUCAUGAAGAUUAAUUGAGGUAUUGAAGGCUAAUACGUGACUUUGGCAGCUAUGUAUACUAUUUGGAGACAAGAACAGCACACCUGGAAUCCUUACUACUGCAACAUAAUAUCGCAUUUGCGCCAGCCGAAGUCCUUGAACACUCCCCAAGGCCAGGGACAGAUCCUGCGGCUGUACAGACUCCUAGCGAUGAUGGCAGGUCGGUAUUUAAUGGAGACACGGCACUUGUGCGGAAGCAAAGGCAAGACGACGUGACAUGGAAUAAGAAGCAGGAUGAAUCCGAGAAGGUAGACAAAAUGAUGUCGAAUAUUGAGAGUGUUUCCGUCCAGGGAGCUUCAGACAAGAGAUACUUGGGCUCGACCUCCGGUAUAUCAUUUGCGAGAGUGGUGUUUGCGGCGGUGAGAUCUUCCGUCUCGGGCGCGGCUAGUGAUACAAGCGGUGUUAGGCCUUCGCGACCACCUGGAAGUUCGAAGGCUGCUGCCCAAGGGGGGACUUCGAUGCGUGAUUCAUUCUUUGGUCUGCAUACAAAACCUACAAUUAAACCAGUGCCAUUCCCUGACAAGGAGGUUGGAAAAAGAUUGGUGGACUUCUAUUUCGAGCAUGCGAAUCCACAGAUACCUAUAUUACAUCGAGGAGAAUUCAUGAAAAUGUUUGAGGAGGCAUACGCAACUGGAGAGAAUAGAGUUAGGACACCCCGAGAACUCUAUAUGCUUAAUAUUGUGUUUGCGAUUGGUGCUGGUAUCUUCCUCGGCGACACAGGCGUUCGAUCAGGAGCGGGGAAGAAUGUCGACGGUCAAAAGUCAAAUGGCGCAACUAGCGGAAAACAAAGUCAGCCUGAGGAAUAUCACGCUUCAGCAAUCGUUCAUCUUGAAGCUUGUCUCAGCUCCUCAGUCGAUAGAGUCGAUGGUUUUGGUGGGGGCUUGGAGGAACUUCAAGCUGUUUUGCUUCUAGCUGGAUUCGCGCUGCUAAGACCUGUGGCUCCUGGUUUAUGGUACAUUAUUGGAGUAGCGGUUCGGCUAGCAGUCGAUCUGGGUUUGCAUUAUGAAGAUGGAAAGGAUAUCGAAGUUCCGAUUUUGGAGGCGCCUGGGGUCAAGAAGGAAGAUACGGAGACUGCAAGGUUACAACGUGAACGUGCGAUGCGAGAACGAGGUCGUCGUGAGUAUAUUCGGGAUUAUAGGAGGAGAUUGUGGUGGUGCACAUACUCGUUUGAUCGACUUGUUUCCACGUGUGUUGGGAGACCAUUUGGAAUCACCGACCAAGUGGUUACAACGGAAUUUCCCUCUCUGCUCGACGACAGAUAUAUUACCCCUGCUGGCUUACAAGAUCCUGAGGUUGUUGGAACAAGUUACAAGCACGUGGCAUAUCAUUAUUUCCGCCUUAGAUUGCUCCAGUCUGAGAUUUUACAAGUUUUACAACAUCAACAGGCAUUGCAUGCGCGGGCAGGUGGUGCGAAUAUGCGUAAUCCUUUUAUGCACACGCAACUGCCAUCUCCUUUCCUGGUGAAAUUCGAUAGUUUCCGUUCUUGGCGUAUCGAUAUCGAUAAGCGUCUCUGGGAGUGGAAGACGUCAGCUCCUACCAAACGGGAGAUGGGUGUCGAGUUCUCCACGGACUUUCUGGAGCUCAACUAUUGGCAAUGUGUCAUCAUGUUGUAUAGACAAAGUUUGAGUGUACCGCCGAUGUUUGAAGGAGAAUUUAGUACGAGUGAAGAGGUGGAAAGUCCCAGCAUACUUAAUGUAGAGCUGAGGGAAGAUGAAGAAAGAGUCUUUUUGAAGGUCGCAGAGGCGGGGCAAAGAGUACUGAGAUUAUAUAGACAGUUGCAUAGAGUGCGACUGGUCAAUUAUACUUUCUUGGCGACGCAUCAUUUGUUCAUGGCGGGGAUUUCAUUCUUGUAUGCUAUUUGGCAUUCUAAGGUUGUCAGAAGUCGAUUGGUAGGCUUAUUCUAUUCCUCAAAUCUGAACAUGGUUACUAAUUAUCUUUCUAGACAAUGGAUGAAGUUGACUUCACAAUCCUGGCCGCAACGUCUGUUCUUGGGGAUCUCAUCGAGAAAUGUCCUCCAGCCGAGGCAUGUCGAGAUGCCUUUGACCGCAUGUCGAAAGCUACAGUCCAGAUGUGCAUGUCUACUACUGGUUUCGGUUCCGGGGCUCAGCAGGGGCUUCAAUCCAGACGUCCUCAUCAUCCAGGCGGCCAACAUCAUUCACAAUCGCAACCUGAUGAUUACUUCAAUGUCAAUAGUUCUCGACUUCGAAAACCUCCGCAGUCUAAUCGUCCAAAACCUCAAUUCGACAUGGGUCUCAAUGACCUUUUUACUCCUCAACCUCCUCCAGCUGGCGCGAAAGGACAUUCUAGGGCGGCCUCUGGAAGUAAACAAUCUAGGGGUGGCUUUGUCAAUGAGAGACCGCAUUCAAGAAAUAGCACCGGUUCGAAUAAUGCGGUCAAGACAGAAUUUGAUGCAUAUAGAAAUGAUGCCAAUUCACCACGAAUCCCUUCACCAAACUUCGCCGUCUCACCUCCAUUUAGUAAUUUAGACAAUAACAUGAACCUUGAUCCAAACCUCUUUCCUACCCAACAAAGUCCAGUGCAGGGAUACACAUCAGUGCCAGGUCAGAGCCAAAAUUCCGAAAUGUAUCAAUAUGAUCCUAGCAAUGGGACUGGUGGCAACAGCAAUGCUUACAAUUUUGAUUUCGAAAAUACGCCUGGACUUGGGUUCUUGAAUUAUGCGGGUCCAGGACAUGGUGGUAUGGGAGGCCCAGGCGAGAAUGAAUGGGAUUUUAGCGGGUUUGAUAUGGGAUUUGGAGAGAACUUGGGGGAUGUAACAACGGUUGGAGGUGUAGGGGCAGGUGGUGGACCGGCGGGGAUCAAUUUGCUUGAUGAGUAUUUCUUCGGGACGGGAACGUAAAAGUAUUGGAGUGGAUUAAAUGAGUUUUUGAUAGAUCGAGGAAAGGGUGAAGGCGGGAAAUGAGGACUCGUCGUGUGCAACUUAUUCAUGAUGGCGUAUUAAGGCAUGGCGUUGGUGAUUGAUAUGGGAGGGAUCUCAAGAUAUGGGCUUUCCAUUCUUGUACGAAGUUGCAUAGUAAAACUUGUGUAAAAGCUUGGAAGGACGGUGACUAGGGCAUUAGAAAUAGGAAAGGCGGGACGAGAAAGUGGUGAAGUCACGUCAUUUCCAUGUACAGGAUGUACUAUACCUACGAAUUUACGAGUUAUAUCGUUAAUUUUUUCCUGCGAAAUAUUGCGGAUGUGUACUGUAUUGAUUUUGGCG